AUGUCCAUCUUGUGGAGAUGUCUUUUAUUUAGUUUAGUGUUCAUGAUUUUGAGCCUGAGGACAGGUACGUAUGACUUCCUAUCCAGACCUUCUCCAAAGGUGAAGCCUAAGGUAUUUUUUGUGCCUCAACUAGACGCCAACCUGGAAGGAUCUUCCAUGGGUCCGCUGGAGUUUCCUCUGGAUAGCGAGCCGGCACCUUUCCAGCGUAUUGUUCGUUUGUCCGAAGUCAGGGUGUCCCGAGAAGGUCGCUCGGCUCUGUCCAGACGAAAACGCAAUAUCCUCUUUCCAAGUGGAGUCAAGCUGUGCGCGCAGGAGACUGCCAAGCAGGUGGUGGCAAACCACCUCAGUUUUUUCAAUCUCAGAGUGUGCCAAGAGACUGUGUGGGAGGCUUUCAAAAUAUUUUGGGACCGUCUCCCUGAGCAGGAAGAGUACCAAAGUUGGAUGAACCAGUGCCAGGAGGGGGAGGUGACGGCACGAGACAUCGGCGCCUACUUCAGCCAAUCGGAGGAGCACCAGGGAGUGGUCAAAAAGAAAAUGUCAGUGCCUGGCUUGAAAAGUGAACCCACCAAGUCUGGACAGCAUACCUGCAGCACUCCGGCCCCCGACGUGACCAUCACCACUAAGUCUCCUGCCAAAGAAGAAGAUUUGGGCGACGCAGAAAAAGUGGAGGAUGCGCCAGUCCUUGUGCCAGACAUUGUGCUGAACAACGACAUUCCGGUUGAGCCGGUUCCCGCGGCCGUAUUGGAACAGGUGGUGGAGCUGAGCAUCCUCUUGACGGGCGUCAUGUACAAUAAUGAGUUGGACGACCAUUACUCGCUACACUAUCAGACGCUUAGCAGACAGCUUGCUCAGAAGAUUGAGGAUGCUCUAUUGGGACUUCCUGGUUUCAAGAGCGUGUCCGUGAUGGACUUCAGGCCUCACAGGGAUCUUCAAGGGGUGGACGGUAUCGUGGUGGACUACGCGGUCACCCUGGUGGUGGACGACACGGGCAUCAGCAGCGACCAACUGGAUUACUUGACAUUGCAGUCCAACCAGGUAGAGAACUCAUACCGCGAGGUCAAGGAGCACCCGACGCUGGUCUACGCCAUCAGCGAGCUCAAGACCUUUGUGACCGAGGACCUUCUGAAGGACGCCCUUGAGAGCGUGCCCGAGACCCCCGAGACCAUCCAUGCUGCAGAGGAAACCUCGGAUGAACCAGCGGAGCUCCCCCUCCCGGACGACAUCUUGAACGACGUCAAGCGAGAACAAUUGCUGCCUGAAAGCACCGGAGGAGACACUGAGGAGACGUCCGAAAGCGACAUUGUUGUCCUGGAGGAGAGUGUUGAAAUAUCCUCCCCUGCUGUGGUUGCGACACCUGUGCCUGAAACUGAAAGCAUCAGUGAUGAGGAUCUGCUUCUGGAAAACAGUGUGCAAACCGCCACUGUAGACAAACCUCCGGACGAAGACCAGCAGGAGCCUCCUCCCUCUGAAGUUCAGGAUGAAAUCACGUUGCCUGAACCGCCAGUGACGGUGGAGGCCUCGGGCACGGGCGACUUGGACAGCCUGCUGUGGCCUGAGACAACUCCGGCAGCGGAAGGCACUGAAGAUGUGGUCGUUCUGGAAGAGGAGCAUCUGGACAAUGGUGUCGACAGCGAAGAUCUUGCGAGUGAAACCGCUGAGGAUGAUUUAGCCUCUGAUAUAUUGAGCGAGGCAACCGAGAGUGAAGCACAAACUCCAGAUUUAGUUAAGGAAGCGCCGCCGUCACUGGAAGAACCUCCAGAAGCGUCCGAGAUCGCGACCGACGAUCUGGCGGAUGACGAUAUUUUGCUGGUCAACAAAGAGACACCGGAAGCUGAGGUCGUCAUUCCGCCGAACCCUCCCCAACCAACUGCCAUGUCCGCUGAGAAGGAUUCACCCUUCACGCGUGUAGCUGAUAUCAAUACAGAUGGCCAACCUGACAUCAUUAUCCCUUCACUCGCAGAGAUCCUGGAUAGCGAUGAAGAAGAUUCUCCCAUUGAAGACCCCCUUAACGACAUCUUAAAUUACGGCUUGAUCAACCACACCGAGGAAGGCAGCACGGGAUUCCCAUUUAGCAUCUCGCAUGGCACUGACCCAGCUGGUAUCGCUCUGCCGGCCAACCCUGGCCGAGCGCUCAUGGUGUUCUUCAGCCUGAGGGUGACCAACAUGAUUUUUUCCGAGGAUCUCUUCAACAAGAGUUCGGCAGAGUACAAAGCAUUGGAGCAACGCUUCCUAGAACUGCUUGUCCCCUACCUGCAGUCCAACUUGAGCAAUUUUGAGAAUUUGGAGAUCCUAAAUUUCCGCAACGGGAGCAUCGUAGUCAACAGUCGAAUGAAGUUCGGCAAGCCCGUGGCGCAGGGCGUCACUACCACAGUGUAUCUGAUCCUGGAGGACUUCUGCAACACUGCAUACCAAACUAUGAACCUGGCCAUCGAUAAAUACUCCCUGGAUGUCGAGUCAGGCGACCAGGCCGACCCGUGCAAAUUCCAGGCGUGCAACGAGUACGCCCAGUGCAAGGUGAACAAGUGGUCGGGCGAGGCCGAGUGCGUGUGCAACGCCGGCUACUUCAGCGUGGACGGCCUGCCUUGUCAGAGCAUCUGCGAUCUGCGCAGCGACUUUUGCCUUAACGACGGCAAGUGUGACAUCAUCCCCGGCCAGGGAGCCAUCUGCAGGUGUCGUGUUGGAGAAAACUGGUGGUACCGAGGAGAGCACUGCGAGGAGUACGUAUCUGAGCCUCUGGUGGUCGGCAUCGCGGUGGCCUCGGUGGCCGGAUUCCUUUUGGUGGCGUCCGGAGUCAUCUUCUUUCUUGCCAGGACCUUACGGGAUCAGUACGAUAAGGAUGAGUCAGAAGACCCGAUACGGCAUGCCGAGAGCAUUCCGUCGCUCGAGAGGGCGACCAAGUACAACCCCAUGUAUGAGAGCGAGGCAACCACCGGCUACAGCCACUACUACCGUCGUUACCCGGAGGCUCCUGUCUACAGCAGCGCCAGCGCCGAGGCCUCCACCGACUUCAGCAGCGAGGAGAUCCGACACAUCUACGAGAACAGUGAACUGACCAAGGAAGAAAUCCAAGAUAGGAUACGCAUCAUCGAGCUCUACGCCAAGGACCGUCAGUUUGCAGAUUUCGUGCGGCAGCAUCAAGCUGUUCUGGACACCCGAAGAGAAAGUUCUUCUGCCCAGACAUGA